AUGGCUGAAGAAAACGAACAACAUGAUAUCAAUGAAUGUAAUGACGAAGACAACGAGAAUACCCCUGAAAAAAAUGAAAAUGAAAACGAUGUCAUUAACGACACCAUAGCGGAAGUUGUUCAUGACACUGUCAACGACUAUGAAAAUGGUGAAGAGGGGGAAGACGAGGGUUGUGACGAGGGUUGUGACGAGGGUUGUGACGAGGACGAGGAAGACGUCACAUGGUUAAAUGAGAAUACAAAUCAAUCACCCCAGGGUAUUGACGAGGGCGUAUUAAAAACCGCUUUAAAACAAUUAUUAGAAUUAAAUGCAGAUAAUUUACAGAGACGUAAACAAGAACAAUCUAAAUUUAUACCCUCUACAAAACGGUUUUUAACUUUAUCAAUGAAUCAAAAAACUAAACAAAUUACCCCUAGUAUUUCAAGAAAUUUAUCAUAUUUAUGUCGUCAUAUUUUAUCCGGUAAAAUACCUGUAAAUAUAGGUUAUACGGAACGGUGGUUCUCAAACGUCUACUUAAUAAGACUACGCACCCUGCAGAUAUUAAAUGUAUGUUUGUUGAGGAUUUUCGCACACACGCAAUUUUAG